AUGGGGACCUGGAUUUUGUUUGCCUGCCUUGUCGGAGCAGCUUUUGCCAUGCCUCUACCACCUCAUCCUGGGCACCCUGGUUAUAUCAACUUCAGCUAUGAGGUGCUCACCCCUUUGAAGUGGUACCAGAGCAUGAUAAGACCACCAUACUCUUCCUAUGGUUACGAGCCCAUGGGUGGAUGGCUGCACCACCAAAUCAUCCCCAUGGUGUCCCAACAGCACCCCCUGACUCACACCCUGCAGCCUCAUCACCACAUCCGAGUGGUGCCAGCUCAGCAGCCCGGGGUCCCACAACAACCACUGAUGCCUGUUCCUGGCCAGCAAUCCAUGACUCCAACCCAACACCAUCAGCCAAACCUCCCUCUGCCUGCCCAGCAGCCCUUCCAGCCCCAGCCUGUUCAGCCACAGCCUCACCAGCCCAUGCAGCCCCAGCCACCUGUGCACCCCAUGCAGCCCCUGCUGCCACAGCCACCUCUGCCUCCAAUGUUCCCCAUGCAGCCCCUGCCCCGCAUACUUCCUGAUCUGCAUCUGGAAGCUUGGCCAGCAACAGACAAGACCAAGCAGGAGGAAGUGGAUUAAAAGACCAGAAUAUGAGAGGGGAACUGAAGUAAACACUUUAGUUGCUUUCAGGGAUGACACAAACACACAAUGAUUUUUGCUUACAAUCACUUAACUUAGCAAAUUCUGUAACUAAAAAUGUACCAAUAGUAGACAAUAAAAUGUUUUAAAAAUCA